GCCGAGGCGGAGCGCCUGGAGCAGGCGCGGCGGGCGCGGGCGGCUUCCUGGCGCUGCCAGCGGGGGCCGCAGCGGCGCUGCCUGCGCCUCCUGCGGGAGUCGGCCGCGGUCGAGGCGCGGGCCGAGGCAAGGCGAAGGCGAAGGCCAAGGCCAUCGGACGUGGACGUGGUGGAGCUGCAGCUGCCGGAGUCACGGCUGGAACACCUCCCGCUGGAGGCGCGGCCGCAGUGGCUGGGGGUGCUGCAGUGGCCCCCCCUGCCGGAGGCGGCGGAGCGGCAGCCGCUGGAGGCGCUGCUGGAGGCGCUCGCAGGCGCGGUGGAGCUCGAGGAGGCGGCGCUGGAGCGGCCGCCGCGGCAGGAACGGCUGCAGGAGGUGUACCCGCGGGGGGAGCCGCAGGCGGUCCGCCCGUGGGGCCGGUGGCUGGCGCUGUCGGGCCCUUGGGAGGCUUGGUGCCCGUCGCAGGUGCUGCAGGGCCCCCUGCUGGCCUCGGAGUCGCCGCCGCUGGAGCUGCAGGGGCUCCAGGGCCACCACCUGUUGCUGCUCUCGGGGCCCCUGGCGGAGCUGCAGGGCUCGGAGGGCUCGUACCACCAGGCCUUGGCGGUGGCGCGGCCGCUGUCGUGGGUCACGGCGCCCCCGCGGGCGGAGCAGCUGCUGGCGCCGUGCCAGGUCUCCCCCCUGGCGCUUUGGGCAUCGGGGGCGUUGGAGGCGCUGGGGCCUGGAUGCGUGCUGGAGGGCGUGACGCUGGACAACUUCGGGAGCGCGGCUGGAACUGCCCUCUUUCAGGUGCAGAGUGCGUGGCCUGGCGACGGCAUGGGCUGCUUCGUGGAGGCGGCGUUCAUGGGCUGCAGCAGCGUGCCCCUGUGGCCCAUGCUGGCUGGUAGCUUCACCAGCUUGGGAGGCGCAGUGCUGCAUCUGUGCACGCAGCAAACGGGCGUGUGUGCUGGCCUAGUCCAGUGGCCGCAGAGGUCGGUGCUGCACGUGGAGACCUACCGCAUGUGUCCUGCGGCUCAGCCCACGCCCGCGGAUCUGCAGAAGAAGAUCGCGGAGCUCAAGAGGCGCCUGCAUCAGAAGCGGAGCAUCGGCGAGACGUUGACGGACCGCGCCGAGGUACCUGGCGCGUUACUCUCCAGCGGGAUGGAACAUAUCAUGAAGUAUAUUGCGCGGCGUGGGGGGGCGGACAGUCAAGGAAGCCUGGGCGAGCUUGCAGCGUCAGUGGUGCAGUACAUCACCAGCGUCUGGCACGGUCACCAUCCUCAGAGCGAGAUGGGAGUCAGGAGCGUGCGCGAGAUGAGGACAGUCGGCGAGUGCCUCGACGCUCUGCUUCGAGGCGAGCUGGACCAUCUCGGAGAUCUCCUCAUGCAGAGGCUGAAGGCGAUCGAGCAGGCCACGAGGGACGGACACUGGCAGGUGGCGCAGCACCUCGAGCUUUGCGACGACCUGGGAGCGGGGCUCGCGAGGCAGGAGGAGGUGCACGACGCGGCGAGCAAGCACAGGAGGAUGCACGGCCUAGCGGAGAGCUUGGCCAAGGCCAAGAAGGGCGGCGGCAAC